CAUUCCUAAUGGCACGAUCUCCUACUCUCCUGACGUCAGCCCUAAUUUUGAUCUGGGAACUAAUGCAACCUACACUUGUGACGAUGGAUUCUAUAUCAUGGAUAUCACUGAGGCACGAGUUUGUAUAUGGAUGAAAAUGCUAUGGGAGUGUGGAGUGGUCAGAAGCCUCUUUGUGUCGCUGGCUGUGUAGCGGGUAUACACCAGGAUCAUUCUUGGCCCAACACGGCACUAGGGUCUAUUGCGCUGUCUCCUUGUCCAUGUGCUGAAUUGGGUGUGUUCGCAGGGAAUGUCAGCAGACAGUGCUCUGGGUCAAUCAGUGAGGGAGGUAUGUGGAAGGAUGAGCUUGACCUCAGCAGCUGUGAGACUACACUUUCAGACAUAUCCCGGGAAUUGUGUCAGAUUGCACUAGCACUCUCAUCAAAUAAGACAACUCAAGCAUCCAAUCAGAUUGCCAAUAUCACAUCUAAGCCACAAAAUCUGACUACAAAUCAAAUCGCCAUGGUUACUUCAAUAGUAGAGCAACUAACAGGAGAAGCUACUGUCAACCAAGAGGUGAGGGACAACUAUCUUCAAACAAUCAACAAUAUUCAGCUAGCCAAUGCUGAAGCCAUCUAUCAGAGCCAGUUGGCAAUGAAUUCAUCAACAAGGAUUCUUGCAAGCCUCGAUUCAUUUCUGGACAAUCUCAAUAUUUCAACUGUUUCCAGAAACUCCACAAGCAAUCGGACUGUUUUCAGUUUCGAAACAUUUGCUAUCACAGUGCAAGAUGUAUACCCUGGCAGUUUCCAGGGCCAGGCGUUUGUUGUUGAUUUAGGACCUGUCGAAGAGGCAAUUAAAAAUACUGGCGUUAUUGACCAAGAUGCUCUGAAAUGUAAUGGUGGUAAAGGUAAUACAGCUGACAAAAACUCAACAGCUUCUCUGCAUUUAAGCUCAUCAAUUCUUGAGGAUCACCCAGCAACAAAUCGUACCUCGCUUACGCAGAGAUUAAGUUACUCUGUUUUCUUGUCUGGUGUGCUUUUCCUUCCUGAGAACAGAAGUACUGAUCAGGUGGGAUCUAUUGUGGUGGCUGCAAGACUAGCUUGUCUGCAGACCAACAAGACAGUACCAGUACGAACUAACUUUCUGAUCAGGACGAAGGAUAAUAUCAACAGCAGCAGUUGUGCUGUGUUUAACACUCAAGAUCGGUUUGGAGCUUGGGACACUGCUGGAUGUAUAGAGAUAACCAGUUCCAAUGGGAGAAAAGAUUGCGAGUGCAGACAAUUGGGCCACUUUGGAAUACUCUUUGAUUUGAAUCCAACUUCAUUGCCUGAAAAUCUUGCAAUUGUUUUGAGCACCAUCACAUACGUUGGCCUGGGCUUGUCUGUAGUUUGUCUUCUGGUGUUCAUGUUUACCAUUUUUAUCAGCAAGAAGCUACUCGCUGAUAAGCAGAAUCAAAUCCUCAUCAACAUUAGUAUUUCCUUGAUAUGCCUGUACCUCACCUUCCUCAUUGGAGGAUUCACUGUUGGUGUCCCACCUCUCUGUGGGCUCAUGUCUGCCCUCCUGCAGUACUUCUUCCUAGUGUUCUUCUCCUGGAUGGCUGUAGAAGCUGUCUGGCUCUAUAUCAAACUGGUAGUGGUAAUGGGAUCUGAUUCCCUCACCUCCAAGUUCAUGCUGAAGGCUGGACUCCCAGCUUGGUAUAAGCACUCACUCCAGUGUGUGUUUAUUAUAUUUUAUUAGUAUGCAUGCAUGCAUGUAAUUAAGGGAUAAUUCUACAAUUGAACGCAAUGUCGUGCAUGUGCUUCUUGACUGUAUAGUGAUGAUGAUUUACCACUCCACAUGCAGUACUCCCCUUUGUGAUUGUAGCCAUAAGUGCGGGGGCAGGCCACCAGCACUACAGCAACCCAUACUACUGUCGUCCUACUGAAUGGCCUUUCUAGUUCGGAUUCAUUCUUCCUUUUGUCAUCAUCUACGUACUCAACUGGAUUGUGUUUGUUGCCAUCAUUGUAUCCAUUUGCAAGCAUUCUGCCAAUAGAAACCUCUCAUUACAAAAAGAAACCUCCCAAAGUCAACAGUUUAGCAAUUUUAAGAAGAACUUGACUAUUGCAAUGUGCCUAUCAGUUGUACUUGGCCUGGGUUGGGGCCUUGGACUAGCAUCAACAAGCUCUGGUCUGCUGGAGCUGUCAUUUCCGUUCCAAGUGAUAUUCUCGAUCUUUGUGGGCUCUCAAGGUGUGCUUAUCUUCUAUUUUUAUGGCCUUCGAAGUACUGAUUUUUGCCAGACGUGGAUAAAACUCUUUAAUUGCUCUAAAUCUAACACUGAUAACUUUGUGUCUUUUGAGAAAGGAAGUACUACUCAACGUACGGUUUCUGGCACUGCAGUAGAGGAGUUAUCGAGCAUGUCAAACACAUUGCCGAGAAAACAGUACGCCCAACACAAUGAAGAAAAAGAACUAUAGGAACACGAGAUAAAACAAUAGUUGCAUCACUUACUUGUUUGUUCCUA